AUGGAGAAGGUCGAAAAGGUCACCGAAGCCCUCAAGAAGGCCACAAUCGGCGGCGAUGAGAAGAAGAAGGCCAAGAAGGAGAAGAAGGCCGCCCCUGCCGCCGAUGCCAGCGCCGGCCCCCUCGAGAUGAACCCCCCUCCAUCCUUCAUCCAGGAGCGUAUCGACCUGUUCGACCGCCUGUACAAGGAACAGCAGGAGGAAAUCGCCAGUAGACCUCGCGAGGACAUCACAAUCACAAUGCCAGAUGGCACCAUCAAGGUCGGCAAAUCGUACGAGACCACCCCCGCCGAAAUUGCCAAGGGCAUCUCCAACAGCCUCUUCAAGCGCACUGUUGUUGCGAGAAUCGAUGGCGAGACAUUGUGGGAUCUCGAGCGUCCCCUUGAGAAGAGCUGCAAGCUUGAGCUUCUGGACUUCAACGACGACCAGGGCAAGUUUGUCUUCUGGCAUUCCAGCGCACAUAUUCUUGGCGAGGCCUGCGAGCGGAGGUUCGGUUGCUCGCUGUGCAUUGGUCCCCCAGUGGACAAUGGUUUCUACUACGAAAUGGCUCUGCCAGAUGGUGCCGCUGUUCAGUCCACAGACUGGGCGCCACUUGAGAACAUUGUCAGCAAGGUGGUCAAGGAGAAGCAGCCUUUCCAGAGACUCGAGAUGAGCAAGGAGGACCUGCUCAAGAUGUUUGCCUACAACAAGUACAAGCAGCACAUCAUCAAGGACAAGAUUGAGGAUGGCACCAAGACCACAGUUUACAGGAACGGCCCCUUGAUCGAUUUGUGCAGAGGCCCCCACGUCCCCGACACUGGCAGAAUCGAGGCUUUUGCCAUCAUGAAGAACUCGUCUUCUUACUUCCUCGGUGAUGCGAACAACGACUCCCUUCAGAGAAUCUACGGUGUAUCUUUUCCCGACAAGAAGCAAAUGGCUGCCCAUAAGAAGUUUCUGGAGGAGGCCGCUAAGCGCGACCACCGCUUGAUUGGCAAGCAGCAAGAGUUGUUCUAUUUUGAGGAGUGCUCGCCCGGUUCGGCCAUGUGGCUGCCCCACGGUAUGCGCAUCCACAAUGCGAUUAUGGAUUACAUCAAGGAGGAGUACUGGGCCCGUGGCUACGACGAGGUCAUGACUCCCAAUAUGUUUAACGUGUCUCUUUGGGAGCAAUCUGGCCACUUGGCGCAUUACAAGGAGGACAUGUUCCUUCUUGACGUGGACAAGGAGCAGUUCGGUCUCAAGCCCAUGAACUGCCCGGCCCACGCCAUGAUGUUCCGUCACAGAGAGCGCAGUCACAAGGAACUUCCCCUCCGCCUUGCCGAUUUCGGUGUCCUCCACCGUAACGAAGCCAGCGGUGCGCUCAGCGGUCUCACCAGAGUAAGAAGAUUCCAGCAGGAUGAUGCCCACAUCUUCUGUCGCGAGGACCAGAUCAAGGAGGAAGUUGCCGAUCUCUUCGACUUCAUGCGCAAGUUCUACGGUAUCCUCGGCCUCACAUUCAAGCUCAAGCUUUCUACUCGCCCAGAAAAGUUCCUUGGUGAGAUCGAGACAUGGGACCGCGCCGAGUCUCGUCUUAAGGAGGCUCUUGACGAGUUUGCUGCCUCUGACAAGGAUGGUGGUGUCUCUUGGGAGCUCAACCCUGGUGAUGGUGCCUUCUACGGCCCCAAGAUUGAUAUCGCUGUGCUGGACUGCCUCAACAGACCGUGGCAGUGCGCCACCAUCCAGCUUGACUUCCAGCAGCCCCAGAACUUCUCCCUCGAGUACCAGACUGGCGAGGCUGUGCACAAGGGUGAGACCAAGGCUGCUGUUGAGGAGCCUGCUCCUCCUGCUCCUGAGGCCGAGGCUGAGAAGGACAAGGAUGGCAAGGAGAAGAAGAAGCCUCUUCUUAUCAAGAAGGCUCUUUCUCCUGGCUGUGCCCGCCCUGUCAUGAUCCACCGUGCCAUGGCUGGCAGUAUCGAGCGCUUCACUGCCAUUUUGGCUGAGCACUUUGCCGGCAAGUGGCCAUUCUGGAUGUCGCCUCGCCAGGUUAUCGUUAUCCCCGUUGGCAUGGGCUUCUUGGAUUACGCUAAGGAGGUCGCUGCCCUGCUGAAGAAGGAGAAGUUUUAUGCCGAUGUCGACAGCUCCGGCAACACCCUCCAGAAGAAGAUUCGCAACGGCCAGCUCGCCCAAUACAACUUCGUCUUCGUGGUCGGCGACGACGAGAUGCGCAACCGCAAGGUCAACAUCCGCUAUCGCGACGACACCUCCACCCAGGCGAGAGAUGUGCCUUUUGACUUGGACGAGGCCAUCCAGAAGCUCAGGCAGCUCAAGUCUAACAGGGGCAUGUACAACCCAUUCCCUCAUGUGGCCGAGGCGAAGAAGGAGGAGGAGGUCAAGGCUUAG